CUCUCUCUCAUCCUCUUCUCUCAACUGUUUAAAAACAUUCAAUUCCCCAUCUCCUUUCGCCACCAUCUUCUUCUUCUUCGAUCACAGAACCCCAUCUCACUCUCUGCAAUCCUUUAUCGAUCGAGUUGGAUCCAUAAUCGAAUCAUGGAGAGCACAGACUCUUCAACGACGAGUUCACAGCAACCCCAACUCCCUCCUGGCUUCCGAUUCCACCCCACCGACGAAGAACUCGUAGUUCACUACCUCAAGAAAAAGGCUUCUUCUGCACCUCUCCCUGUUACCAUCAUCGCCGAAGUCGAUCUCUAUAAGUUCGAUCCAUGGGAGCUUCCAGGUAAGGCAACGUUUGGGGAACAAGAGUGGUACUUCUUCAGUCCUAGAGAUCGGAAAUACCCAAACGGUGCGAGACCUAAUCGAGCAGCAACAUCUGGUUAUUGGAAAGCUACCGGCACCGACAAACCUAUAUUAACCUCCGGAGGUACUCAGAAGGUCGGAGUGAAGAAAGCCCUUGUCUUCUAUGGCGGAAAACCGCCUAAAGGUAUAAAGACUAAUUGGAUCAUGCAUGAAUACAGACUCACAGAUAACAAUAUUGGAAACAACAACAAGAAGCCUCCUGGUGUAGAUAUACACAACAAGAAGAGCUCCUUAAGGCUUGAUGAUUGGGUGUUAUGCCGGAUAUACAAGAAGAGCAACUCGAAUAGACCUAUGGAGAGGGAAAAGAAUUCAAUGGAGGACUUAUUUGCUUCACUGCAACAACAACAACAACAACAGAACCCACCAAGGCCACCACCACCUUCUCAUCAUCAUCAUAAGUCCACUACCACCUUUGGUGCUUUGCUUGAGAAUGAGGGGAAUCUAUUAGAAGAUAUAUUAACAGAGGGUGGUAUCAACAACAACAGUUCUAUGCUCCAACUGGCUUCAUCAUCUACUCCACCUGCUCCAAUAACAACCAUUAUCUCCCUCCCUCUGAAACGCAGUCUCCCACAACCUUAUUGGAAUGAAGUUGAAGCCACACCGGCAUCCAAGAUCAGAUUCAGCAGCAAUAGCAGCGGUGGCACCACUGGCAGUGGUGGCAGUGAUGGAAGUAGCAGUCAGAUGGCAACUCUACUCAACCAACUUCCACAUGCAGCUUCAUCAUUCCAUCAACAAUCCCUUCUCGGAUCCCUAACUGAUGGUGUUUUCCGGCAGCCUUAUCAACUCUCUAGCAUGAAUUGGAACUCUUAGUAUGGUGGUGGCUAUAAUUCUCAAACCCUAUAUAGGCAGAUAUAUAUAUAUAUAUAUAUAUUUCCAUGUCAGUACCCAUAAAACUGACAAUAGCUAUCAAACAAACACAACCGUUAGUAAAGAGGAAUACUGGAAUGGUCAGAAGGAAAUAAGGGAAAGAAAGAGAGAGAGAGAGAGAGAGAGUUGGCCUUGAUGAGUUCUAUUGGUGCAACAGUUGCUUCUAGCUAGUCCUGGUUAAGGUGAGGAACUUUUACUUAAAACAGUUCAUAUAUAUAUGCUAUAAUUUGGAAUGCAUAGAAGAGGGUUAGAUACUCUUUAGGGAAGUAGAAAAAAGAUUGGAGGACUUCAUUGUGAUGCAUAGUUACUUGCAGAGACACCAUUAAUUCACUUCUUGUAUAAAAAAAUCCUCAUAAUUACUUGGUAUUGAUGAUUGAUAAUCUUUGUUCUUCA